AUGGUUAUACAGCGAAACGUGUUGAGUGCAAAAACAGUUGACCGCCAUAGAGGUUCAGCAUGCGGUGUUUGGCCUGUUGCAGCGCUGGCGCUGUGCGACUGGUCGGAGCUGCAGAAGACGCGGCGCAGCAUCGCGCGCAUGUACUGCUCGCCGCGCACGGCGUCCGCGCACUUCGACGCCCUGGCGGUGGCGUGCGACGCAGAGGCCGUGCGCCUGCUGCGCGCCUUCGACGCGCGCGUCGCGGCAGCCGCGCCCUGCGGCGGCGCCGUGCGCGCCAAGCCCCUGCUGCAGAUGGCCUGCGCAAACAUCUUCACGGGCUACAUGUGCAGCACCACCUUCGACUACGACGACCCCGCCUUCCAACACAUGGUGAACAACUUCGACGAGAUCUUCUGGGAGAUCAACCAGGGCUACGCCGUGGACUUCCUGCCGUGGCUGCGGCCAGCGUACAGCUCGCACCUGCGCAAGAUCCAGCGCUGGGCCAGCGAGAUCCGCACCUUCAUCAUGGCGCACAUCAUCGGGCCGCGGCGCGAGGCCAUGGCGGGCGAGGGCGAGGCCAUGGCGGGCGAGGGCGACGCGCCGCCGCGCGACUUCACAGAGGCCCUGCUGCGCCACCUCGACGCCGACCCGGACCUCAACUGGGAGCACGUCAUCUUCGAGCUGGAGGACUUCGUGGGCGGCCACUCGGCCGUGGGCAACCUGGCGUGGCUGCUGCUGGGCGCGGCGGCCAGGGACCCGCGCGUCCUGGAGCGCGUGCGCGCAGAGGCCGACGCGGCCACCGGCGGCGGCGCGCGACCGCUCGCCAUCUUCGACCGCGCGCGCAUGCCCUACACCGAUGCCGCCAUCCUCGAGACGCUGCGCGUCGCCUCCUCGCCCAUCGUGCCGCACGUCUCCACGCAGGACACGGACAUCGCAGGCUACGCGGUGGAAAAGGGCACCGUGGUGUUCCUCAACAACUACGAGCUGAACACGAGCCCGCAGCACUGGCACGAGCCCGAGCGCUUCCAGCCCGAGCGCUUCCUGUCGCCCGACGGGACGCGCGUCGUCAAGCCCGACUUCUUCAUCCCGUUCAGCACGGGCAAGCGCACGUGCAUCGGCCAGCGCCUGGUGCAGAGCAUCACCUUCCUGCUGGCCGGCGCCCUGCUGCAGCGCUACGACGUGUCCGUGGUGGAGGAGGAGCGGCCGCACUCGCUGCCGGCGUGCGUCGCGCUGCCCCCGCACACCUACCCGCUCGCCUUCCGGCCGCGCGCCUCCAGCGCCGCCUGAUCCCUCCCUCUCCCUCUC